GCAACCUUAUUUCAUUCAUGGUUUUCCUUGCCCCAGUGACUAUCUUUUAUAGAAUUUACAAAAGAAAAUCCACAGAAGGAUUUCGUUCUGUGCGCUAUGUGAUUGCUCAUUUCAAUUGCAUGCUAUGGGUCUACUACGCUUAUAUUAAAACUGAUGAAAUUCUGCACAUCACCAAUAACGCCUUUGGCCUCCUCGUCGAAAGCGUUUACAUAGUUAUCUAUCUUAUUUAUGCUCCAUUGCGAGCAAAGAAACUCACUGCUGCGAUAGUAAUCUUCCUCAACGUUACUGUAUUCGGGGUGAUUGUGGCUAUCACGCUCCUCCUUUUUCAUGGACAAAAGAUUUUGAAUAUUCUAGGCUGGAUUUGUGUUGGCUUUUCAGUGAUCUUCUUUGCUGCUCCUCUGAGCAUUAUG